AUGGUUCUAAAUAAGUUCAACAGUAACGGAAAUAAGUUCUAUAAAAUGCCUAAUAAUGCAUAUAAACAUUUCCAUCUUGUGGUUGUUGAUCUGGUGGUUGCAGGUGUGGUGGUUGUUGGUCUGGAGGUUGUUAUUCUGCUACGGCAAAGUAAUGCACGAGAGUUGAAUCACGCAGCAAACAAGAGGCUGGAAACAACAGUUCUGUUCUGUGAGGACGUGAAGGCCAAACAUCCAAAAGUUUCAUAUGCUGACCUUUACCAGCUAGCUGGUGUUGUUGCAGUAGAGAUCACCAGGGGACCAACUAUUGACUUUGUUCCAGGAAGAAAAGAUUCAUUGGAAUCUCCAGCAAAAGGUCGUCUUCCAGAUGCCAAACAAGGUAAAUCAGUGUGUUGUUUAUUUUGUAUGCAGUUUUUUGUCAUUUAGAAGAUAAAAAUAUGU